UCCGGUCGCCACCGGAAGUGUCCGGCCCCGCCCACCACCGGAAGUGGCCGGCCCCGCCCGCCCCCGGAACCUUUCUUCGCGGUCGCGGGGGACGCUUUCCGCGCUGCCAAAAUGGCGGCGGCCGGCGGGCUGUGGAGAGCACUCGCCCCGGUUCGCGGCCGCGUCCUCCCCGGGCUCGCCCAGCGCCUCGGCCCGGCCUUGGGGAGCGCCGAGCCGCCCGCCCGGGCCUUCGCUGCGGCUGCCAAAACUGCAAAAAAAAGUGCAAGACAGACCAAGCAGGAAGAGAGCAAAAAGAAGGCGGUGGCGAGGAGGCGGCCGCUGCUGAGCAGGCCGGUGGACGAUGUGUACUUGACGUGGCUUUACGAGCGCCCGUCCUAUGAGGUGGAAGAAGCUGUGGCUAUGCUCAAGAAAUUUCAGGAGCUCGACUUCACCUACCCCAAACAAUACGUCUAUAUUAAUGUAACCCUUGAUAUGGCGCUACAGAAGAAGAAAAAAGUGGAACAGUUUUCCAGCACUGUUCUUCUUCCCUAUCGCUUUACAGAUGAAACGAAUAAGGUCUUGGUUUUCACAGAGAAUGAGCAAGAAGCUGAAAUAGCUCGGGAGAAUGGAGCUGCUGUUGUGGGAGGAGUCGAAUUAAUCAAAUGGAUUUUGGAAGAUGAAAUCCAGGUGGACUCCUAUGUAGCUGUUCCUGCAAUAAUGCCCAAACUAAUACCAUUAAGGAACAAACUAAAACGAAAAUACCCAAGCACAAAAAGAAAUUCCCUGGGCCAUGAUAUUCCCAAAAUGCUGCAGUUCUUCAGAGAAGGUCUUGAGUACAUGGUACAAGAUGAGCAUCUAAUCAAGACAAGAAUAGCAAGACUGGAUAUGUCUGUAGAGCAAAUAGUUGCCAACCUAAAAACACUUAUCCAGGAUAUCUGCACGUUCAAGCCAGCGAGUUAUGGUCCUUUUGUGCAGAAGUUGGUUAUCAGAUCGUCGACCAGUGAGGGCCUGCUGCUGAGACUCGAUGGGCUGCUGCCCGCGGAGGAGAGAGCAGCAGAAGAGCAAAGUAACGCAGAAGGUGAUGAAGAAAAACAGAGCCAAGAAUCUGCUAGUACCUGACGUCUUUCCGUGCGCAUCUGAUGGUCGAGCUUGGAAAGCAAAUGGUGUCAUGCAAAUCAUACUUGAUGAAAAGAAAAAAAUAAAUUAAUUCUUGAUUUUUUUAAAUUCUGUGUAGCAGGAAAUGGUAUCACAGGUAGGAGCCUGUUGCUGAAACGGAAGACAUUUAAAAUUCCUUGUGGUGGUUUGUGGGGUUUUGUGUUUGGGUGUUUUUUUCCUUUGCUUUGGUUCUUUUAUUAAAGUAUUUCUGUAACUUCUGGA